AUGACCACACCGCCACGGCAGCAAAUGGGCCUGCAGUGUCUCCUCGUAUUUGCUCAGGCACAUGAAGAGUUUCGCAUCCCCGAAAUACAGUCCAUAGCAGAGCUGCAUGGAUUUGAGGUUACGUUCCCACCAUUCCCCGAUGCAUCAAGGCCGUUCAUGGUCCUGGAGCUUGAGAGCGAGUCGCAUGCAAGAGUACUGGCGCAGCGGUGCAUCCUCGUGAAAUCCGUGUGCGAAUUCUAUGGUCGGGGCAAGACAUACGAGGAGUUGCAUGAACAAAUCCGCAAGAAUCGCGAGAGAUGGUCCAAAUAUACUCACGACACGUCGUUCAAGUUCUCCAUCUCGGCCUACAACCACACAAUCCCCCAGAGACGCAUGAAGGACGUGAUCGAAGGUUUCAGCUACAUGGACUUCCGCGGACGAAUCGACAUGCAUAGCCCGGAAGUCGUCUUGGCUUGUUUGAAGAACCGCGACAAGCGUGGCACCAUCCGUCAUAAACAUGAAGGCGAUGGUGACUUCGAGGAGGUAUUCUUCGGAAGGUUGAUAGAGGAGGGUACGGCUCGGCCUUUGGUCAAGACGUUCGACGUGAAGAAGCGAACGUACUACGGGAACACCAGCAUGGAGGCAGAAAUAUCUCUGCUUAUGGCUAACCAGACCCUGGCCGCCCCAGGAAAGCUGAUCUACGACCCCUUCAUUGGGACGGGAAGCAUGGCCUACGCAACACACUUCGGUGCAUUCGUUUUCGGCUCCGACAUUGACGGUCGACAGAUGCGAGGCAAAGAGAAGCAGCCAGGCAUUAUCCGUGCCGCGGCACAGUACGGCGUCGCCAGCCGCAUUCUUGAUCUGUGCACUUUCGACGUCACUCGUAAUCCGUGGAGAUGCGGAGAGAUGUUCGACGCCAUCAUCACGGAUCCUCCCUACGGCGUUCGUGCCGGUGCAAAACGCCUAGGCAGGAAAGCGAGACCCGACAAACCGCCGCGCGCAAAUCCACAGAGCCAUUCGUCACAAACGACGUUGACGACCACCGUACAUACCGCCGACCAUGCCCUACGAGCUAUCUCGCUCGUCGUGGACCUCGUCCUGCUGGCACGGUACCUCCUCAGGCCGCGCGGGCGGCUGGUGUUCUUCUUGCCAACAGUAACGACGAGUACGAAGAGAUCGAUAUACAACCAUGCUGUGCGAGGGCAUGGAGGUCGUCGCGAACUCGCUGCAAACUUCGGGUCUUGGGGUCGUAGGCUUAUCACCAUCCGUAAAACCACGUCUGAGCGGUAUCCGCCUCCUACUUUCACGUCGGCAGCGGACGCUCCCGACGAUGGAUUGGCGCACACACCUGCCCAUAAGGAUUUCCGUGAGAAGUACUUCCAGGGUUCAAGAAAUCGAGGACGAGGGGACGCCUGGGCGUGA